AUGGACCCUGCUGCGCUUGAAGAGUUCCGGAAGCUGGACCAGGAGAAAAAUCGUCUCGAAGCCGAGAUCAAGACCUUGUAUGACUACCUCACAGAAGAUGGUAUGCCAGGUGUCUCAGGGCCUCUCGUGGAUGAAGAGGGCUUUCCCAGAGGUGACAUAGACCUCUACGCAGUUCGGCAAGCUCGGAACAAGUAUGUCUGCGCACAGACGGACCACACCGAAGUAAUGAAGAAGAUCGAACAGGUACCUUUUGUUUGCCAGCUGAUGUUAGCUGAGCUUACCACCAAACAGUUGGCUGGCUUUUCAUCAACCGCUACUCUCGCAUGCCUGCACCUCUGCACUCUCUGA